AUGGCAUCGUCUUCAGCAGCAACGGCGAGCGAAAGUGUGACCUCUCUGAGAUCGUCUGGUACACGCGAUGCAAACCAGGCUUCCCUGCCGAGGGCGGUGUCGUUUGAUGACGGACCGCGACAGGGUACGGCCAGCGUGCCGCGGACCGUGGCUGAAGCCAAACCAGAGAACAUGCAGCGCGCGACCGGCCGUAGGGCUCCGUCUGCUAGCCCAGCCCCCGUUCCACCGCUGUUGCCGUCACCGUCACCGUCACCGUCGCCGUCGCCGUCGCCGUCGCCGGCACCCGGGCCACAGGCACCACCACCGCUCGACCUGGAUGGGAUGGCUGCAGACGUGGCACGCGGACGCGAGGUGGCAGACGAACUGCUCACCGUCUCGAUUCCGUCAUCCGAAUCUGGCGAGUUUGUGGCACAGUUCUCGGCGCUGGUGGAGGAGACCGGCACUGCGUUGACCACACUCCGUAACGCGCUCGGCAAGGCUAACGACGCCGACGUCACCCACGCCAACGAGCGCUGGGCAUCACUGCGGCACGCACUCCCACAGGCACUGGCGCUCGCCAACGACAUCCAUUCGGCAGCGGCAGCAUCAGUCUACUCUCGCCCAGCCUCGUCGGCGUCGCGGGCGCACUCACGCGCAUCUUACACCUCAGCCGGCUCCACCGUCAACGACGAUGCUGACCUCAACUCGCUGCUGGGCUCUGUGGACGUGCUCAGCUUCUACCACUCGGCAGCCGUCGAGCCUUGGCUAGACGACACCACCACAGUCAACACGCUCCCGUCGAUUGCGUCGUCGGGAACCGGCUCAGCCCGGUCGCGAUCGACGUUUGUUGCGCGGGCGGGCGAGACGCUAGGCGCACUGGCGCAGUUUGGCGACAACUCUCGGGCUGACGAUCUGGCGCGUGCCAUCUCAGCGGCCAUUGGCUCCAAGAGCUGCCGAAGCUUUCUUGACGCCUCGUAUGCCAAGUAUGUUACAGCCGCUGAUGUUGUCGACGUCGAGUCCAGGAUGGCUGAGUCUGUCGGAGCCACUGGCAGCGCUGCUGUGGCACUCGAUGCCAUGCGCUCGGCCCAUGACCGCAUCCUCACACUCAAGCUCGUGGAUGUUGUUCCCUCGACACCUGAGCAGGCCGCCGCCGUUGCUGCCUGGUUUGCGGCCAAAGACAAGCUUGCGAUUGCGACGGCUGCCAGCCUCGGAUCGCGGAUGGUGACCUCUGCCGACGUCGCCGACGCCAAGACCAAGAUGGCCAGCGUCAGCACGACGGAUGCAGCCGUUGCUAUGCAGGCCGCCCAGGCCAGCAUCGACGGUCUCGACCUUGUCGACACGGUGCCCACAACGGCAGACCAGGUUGCGGCCGUGGACGCGUGGUUUGCUGCCAAGGACAACCUGGAUGCGGCGGCUGCCAGCCUCGGAUCGCGGAUGGUGACCUCUGCCGACGUCGCCGACGCCAAGACCAAGAUGGCCAGCGUCAGCACGACGGAUGCAGCCGUUGCUAUGCAGGCCGCCCAGGCCAGCAUCGACGGUCUCGACCUCGUCGACACGGUGCCCACAACGGCAGACCAGGUUGCGGCCGUGGACGCGUGGUUUGCUGCCAAGGACAACCUGGAUGCGGCGGCUGCCAGCCUCGGAUCGCGGAUGGUGACCUCUGCCGACGUCGCCGACGCCAAGACCAAGAUGGCCAGCGUCAGCACGACGGAUGCAGCCGUUGCUAUGCAGGCCGCCCAGGCCAGCAUCAACGGUCUCGACCUCGUCGACACGGUGCCCACAACGGCAGACCAGGUUGCGGCCGUGGACGCGUGGUUUGCUGCCAAGGACAACCUGGAUGCGGCGGCUGCCAGCCUCGGAUCGCGGAUGGUGACCUCUGCCGACGUUGCGGCCGUGGACGCGUGGUUUGCUGCCAAGGACAACCUGGAUGCGGCGGCUGCCAGCCUCGGAUCGCGGAUGGUGACCUCUGCCGACGUCGCCGACGCCAAGACCAAGAUGGCUAGCGUCAGCACGACGGAUGCAGCCGUUGCUAUGCAGGCCGCCCAGGCCAGCAUCGACGGUCUCGACCUCGUCGACACGGUGCCCACAACGGCAGACCAGGUUGCGGCCGUGGACGCGUGGUUUGCUGCCAAGGACAACCUGGAUGCGGCGGCUGCCAGCCUCGGAUCGCGGAUGGUGACCUCUGCCGACGUCGCCGACGCCAAGACCAAGAUGGCCAGCGUCAGCACGACGGAUGCAGCCGUUGCUAUGCAGGCCGCCCAGGCCAGCAUCGACGGUCUCGACCUCGUCGACACGGUGCCCACAACGGCAGACCAGGUUGCGGCCGUGGACGCGUGGUUUGCUGCCAAGGACAACCUGGAUGCGGCGGCUGCCAGCCUCGGAUCGCGGAUGGUGACCUCUGCUGACGCGUCCGAUGCACAUGCCAAGCUAGCUCGCCUUGCUUCCAACCCAGCCGCGGCACCAAUCCUCUCUGGCAUGCAGGCAGCUCAUGCACUGAUCCAAACGCUCGAGCUCGUUGACGUCUCGCCGUCAUCGGCCGACGAGGCCGCCGCUGUGGCCGGAUGGUUCGAGUCCAAGGCCGAUCUUGACGCUGCGGCAGCUGUUGCGGCAUCGGGCCUGAUUGUGACCACCGCUGACGUCUCCGCCGCCGACGCAUCUACCACCGAGCUCGAGAAGCUGGCAGCGUUUAUGGCCUCUACUUCUGCGACCGGGCCUACGCAACGCCUGGCUCGCGCGGUUGACACGAUGCGGGAGGUCCAGUCCCAGGUCAACGACGCAGGACUGGUUGACCUCGCUCCGGUGACGCAAGCACAGGCUGCACUGACUGCACACUGGUUUGCGACGCGCGACAAGCUUGUCGCCGCAGGCGAGGCAGCGCGCGCUGCGGCUGCCGACGACAUAGCGCAGCUGGUCAUGUACUCACCACGUCGCGAGCGUGCGUACGAAUCGUUGCUGCGCAAAGCGCCCUCAGUUUUGGGCAAGGCACGACGGGCGGUGGCCGGCAAAAAGCCAGUUGACGAUGCAGCAGCAGAUGCAGAUCCUGCAGUUGAAGCGCUCCGGGCGGCCUUGGCUGCCAUCGCCACGUUCCCUGGGCCGUCACCCCGGCGCGUGCCGCAGGAGCUCAUAGCUGCUGCCGAGGACGCCGCGUCAGCGCUGCGCACAAAGCUCGACAGCGAAGUCAAGGCUGCGCGGCGGGUUGAGGCCAAAGCGCGGCUGGAACGCGAGCGCCGCGAGCGCCAGCUCAAGGCCAAGACCGAGGCCGAAGCCCGCGAGGCGGCUGCACUUGAAGAGGCACGUCUGAUGGCCGAGACGGUACGAGCCGCGGCGGCGGCGCGCAUGGCGGAGCGCCAGCUACCCGAAAUCGGGGAGGUUGACCCUUCGGCGUCGAUGGGCUGGCGAAAGGAGAUCAAGCUCGACCCGUCCGAGCUCAACGCACUCUACCACCGCAAGGUCUUCCUCGAGACCAAGGGAACGAAAGAGUAGUAUGUGUCACAUGAACCCAUUCGCCACAUACCACUCGUGGGCCGAGUCGAGGAUGUCGUCCAGCGUUGGGACGGUGUAGCCAAGCGCGGCUGCAGCCCCGC